AUUAUCCAUUAAUAGAAUGUUUCGGAAGGACACAAUCACAAACUUUAUUUAUAUGGCUUACCGACGAUUCACAAAGCACAUUUCAAGUUUGUGGCGCAAUGUUCUUGCAGAAGAAUGAAAGUAUCGAAUAA